GCACGCGGACUCCACUGAGCCCCAGGGAGACGCUGAACAUGUGUUUCUGGGGAUCUGAGCCCCAAGGGCAGCAGGAGCCGGCAUCCUCCCAGAAGCAUCUCCAGGGCCUGGUGACCCGGCCACAGUGAGGACCCCACGGGGACCUGCUGAUGGACGGGCAGAGGAGGAAGCAGACCCCGAGGCGAGGCUCGCAGAGGGAAGGAGCCUGGCCGUCCUCAUCUGGAAGGGGCGUCUCAGGAAGUCACGGGGCUGGCUUCCUGCUCUGUCAUGGAGACGAAUGCCAGGCUUCCUGUGAGGGACAGUUCUCCUUUCUGUGGGGACGCUGCUGUGACGCCCUUGACAAGAAAAAUCCACCUCAGACUGCCAACACCCUGUGUGUCUGUCUGUCUGGAGGGCACCCACGUCUCCUCCAUCGUCACGGCCUGGACCGCAGGGAGGAGACGCCAUGACCCCCACCCUCCCCGCCCUGCUCUGCCUCGGGCUGAGUGUGGGCCUGAGGACCCAGGUGCAGGCUGGGACUCCCUCCAAACCCACCAUCUGGGCUGAGCCGGGCUCUGUGGUCCCCCGGAGGAGCCCCGUGACCAUCUGGUGUCAGGGGUCCCCGAAUGCCAAAAGCUUCAGUCUGAACAAAGAGGGCACCUCAGCCCCCUGGAACGCACAGCCCCGACUGGAGCCCUGGGACAAGGCCAACUUCUCCAUCCUGAACAUCGAAGAGCAGCGGGCAGGGAGAUACCACUGCUCUUACUUCAUCGGAUUUAACUGGUCAGAGCCCAGCGACCCCCUGGAGCUCCUGGUGGCAGGAAAGGGGCCAGCGGGACUGCUCAGAGACAGACCCUCCCUCUCGGCGAGGCCGGGCCCCUCGGUGGCCCCGGGAGAGAACGUGACCCUGCUGUGUCAGUCGGGAAACAGGACAGACGCCUUCCUUCUGUCCCAGGAGGGGGCAGCCCAUCGCCCCCUGCGCCUGCGCGCCCAGGACCAAGGCGGGCGGUUCCAGGCUGAGUUCUCCUUGAGUCCUGUGAGCUCGGCCCACGGGGGCACCUACAGGUGCUAUCGCGCACUCAGCACAGAGCCCUACCUGCUGUCACAGCCCAGCGAGCCCCUGGCGCUCCUGGUCUCAGACUACACGGUGCAGAAUCUCAUCCGGAUCCCUGCAGGCCCGCAUGCUCUGUCCGAUCUCCUGGACGACGUGAGCCUCAUUGUUCAGGCCUGCGGUCUCUGGUGUGCGCAAUGA